UCAUCGAAAAUAUCACUUUAAAAAUACUUUUACCCCUUUUAAUUUAAAUUUAAAGGUUAUUACCUCAUUAAUAAGUAUAUCAAUAUGAAUGUCCCUUUAAGCAAAAAACAAAGAUAUAGAGCACGUAAAAAACAGAGACUUUUGGAGCAACGUAAACCUUUUGGUCUUGGUUACCAAGGACCUUUAACAAAGCCACAAUUCCAGCCUUAUACUAUUAUACACGGGAAUAAGAACGUAACUAAUACUAAAGAUAUAGCACAACAAAUUGUAAAGAAAGAAAUCACAAGUGAAGUUAUUGAUAUGAACGCAUCAAUAAAACUUGAACCAGAUUUGACAGAUGAUAAUUCACCAUCAAUACCUCUAGCUCCAACACCAGCACAAAUAACACCACAAGUACUGAAAAAACCUUCACUAAACAUACAAGGAAAAACUCAAGAGAAAUUUAAAAUCAAUCAGAGACAAGAAGAGCAGCCCAACAAUAACCAAAAUAAAGAAGAAAAUGCAACAUUAAAUGAAGAAAAAGUUGAGACACCAAAUGAAAAUCAAAUUGAAGAACAGAAUAAAUCUAUGAAUACAACAGACUCUCAUAUGAAUGAAUCUACAUUGAAUAAUCAAACACAAAAUCAAGACAAACCAGCUAAUGAAGUGAACAGUGGAUCACAGAUACCCGUUUUAAUGAAGCAACCUCUCACCAACAAGAACAAGGCCGACAACAUUUCAAAAAAUCCUGUCCAGACAAUACCAACACUGACUAACCAAUCGGGAAAACCAAAGAAAAUCCCAAAUACACCAAACCCAUCAAUCAAUUACCAGAACAUCCAUCAUGUUCCGUGUCCACCAAUGUUGAAUCCCGGUCAAUACCCUGCAGCCAAUUUAGAAAUGCUAUAUCACAGCAUCUAUGCUGCAGAAUCCGGUAUACCUAGAAGUGCAUUUCCGAGUGGAGUCCCGAUGUCGUUUUUGUUGCAACAACCAAACUUUGGAGCGAUCCAACCGCAGUUUACAGGUUACAGGCCCAUCAAUCCAGGUCUUCUACCCCAUAUAAUGCCAAUGCACGACCAAAGAACGAACCAACCGACAUUUUCUCAACCGCAAAUUUAUAUAGACAGUAAUUUCCCAACAAACACAUCGACUUAUGUCAAUGAAGUUCCACUUACAGUACCAUCUCAACCUUAUUCACCUUCUGAUCUCUUCACCGAAGAUGGUGAAGCAAGUAAACCUAAUGAAGAGGGACGCGAAAGUUCAUCUCCGGAUUUAUGUAAAGUAGGUCAGAGACGUCUGAGUGCGUUUGAGCGGCUCGGACCACUCACUCAGCCUAAGAAACCAAAGCUGACUAUUAAUCUUAGCUUCAACAAAGAACAAGCCAUCAGGGAAGUAGUGGGUGAAGAUGAAAGUAAUAAAUAUGUCCCCGUUCAUAUGAGAGAAGAUAUAAUCAACAGUUCUGAUGAAGUUGUGACGACGCAUUUAGGAAAUUGGCCGUGGAAGAAUCCCAUUGUUGUUAGGAAAAGUGUCGGCGCUAGAGCUUCUAAGAGUGCGAUGAUAAUGGAACAGGAACAAAUGGAAGAGGUUUAUGAGAGAGGGAAUAUAUUUAUUCAAUUAACAGUCAAAGGAUAUCCUAACACGUGGAGUAAAGAAGACGUAUUGGAUACUUUGCUGGAGAAUCUUAAAGGCAAGUGCUUUGUGCCUUGCUUCAUAGAGUUCACACCAACGGAAUGCAAGUUCCUCGUGAUAAGAUCUCGUCCAGCGCUGGUCGCUAUCCACAAGCUGGGCUUCACCGCGCGUAAGGAUGACGUCAUUCUCCACAUCACCAUAUACGACAUCGACCUUGACAUUAAGACGAUCAACUUCCUGCCAAAGAUAGUUCUCAGGUAUUUAGUAAUGCGAGGUCUAGAAAAUGAUACUAAAUUGAAUCUGCAAGAAUUUACAUUACAACCAGAUGUUAGCCAUUUUAUUUACUAUCCACUUAAUCGUACAAGCAACCAAAUUGGUAUCAUAGAUUUGCACGUCGCAAUUGUGUGGAACAAUCUCACACAUCUUGUUUUGUCUCACAAUAGAAUGACCUCUAUAGAAGGUUUCGAUCUUCAACAUACAACACCGUUACUGCAAUACUUAGACAUAUCAUAUAAUAACAUAGAAAGAAUUACAGUAUUAUUAAACUGUAGGAAGCUACCACUAAGGUCGCUUACACUGGAGGGGAACCCCCUUUGUACGGACUAUAGAGACCCAACGGAUUAUGUUAAAGUUGCAAAAAUGCUGUUUCCUAUGUUACUAGAAUUAGAUGGAAUAAAAAUUCCGAUCAAUGGCGAUUUGCCAAAGAUAUACAAAAAUUACUGCGAUAUCGAGGCUAAGGAACUAGUUGAUAAAUUUCUUCAGACUUACUUCCCUAUUCUGGACAUGCCGCCACACGAGAGAGAUUUAACUGGAGACAUGUAUGAUACUAACGCCAUUUUAUCUUUCACUUCUAAAUCUUCUUUAUUAAGUAUGACGGCAUGGCGUAGAAACCGUGCUUUAUUCUUUUUCAACCGUCAAACGGAUGAUAUGAUCGGCGGAUGUAUUUCAACUGUUAAGAAAAUAGUUAAAUUUAUGAAGAAAUUGCCGAAUUUGCAACAUGAUCCUACAACAUUUACCGUAGACGUCUUGUCACAUUCCAAUACGUCAACAAUUAUCACCAUAAGUGGGAUAUUAAAAAUAACAACAGACAGUUUAGCGGAAGAUGAAAAUAUGAUAGCGUUCAACAAGACGGUACUUCUCCAUACAAAUGACGGCGUCGAAUACAAAAUACAUAAUGAUUUGUUGCACUGGGACCUUCCAUCACAGGAAUACCUCAAGCAGGCGUUUACGAAGACAGCCGUUCCGUUAUCAAAGAAAACUUUAAGUGUAACAUUGGAUACUCCGCCCAACACAAACACGAAGGAUCAGCUCGUGAAUAUUUUUAUGAAUUUAACCGAGUUGGAUAAACCGCAUAGUGAAAGGUAUCUGGCGGAGAAAGACUGGAAUAUUAAAGAAGCUUUGCAAUACUUUACUGAGAUAGUCAAAUUGAAUCCAACUACCAUGAACCAUACAUCAUCAAGUGAAUUGGUCACAUAAGAAAAAAAAACUAAAUUUAUAGUAUAGUAUUAUUGUAAGAACACAAUUUAAAACUAAAGUGUUCUGGAAUUAAGGUCUUCAGAAUAAUACCGACAAACACAGUUCAGAAACGGUCUUUCUUUCUCUACUUUUUAUGAUGAUGGUGGUUUAAUUUAUUGGAGAAUUAACAAUAUGUGUCAUAUGCUCUUCAGCCACUUUUAUGAGUCGAGGUAGGCUCUCUCUAAAAACUUAUUUUAAGGAUUAAUUUUCUUUAAGCGUUUUAUAUACUGUCACAUUCUUAUCUAAUUAU